AUGACCGAGGACCACGACCACAGCUCGCAGAGAGUUACCCGUCCUAAAUUACAAAUCAUGGACUGGAAUAAUCCAAGCUCUCAUCAUACCCAGCCCAAAGCCGUGGAAGAAGAUAUCUCUCCACAGUCCAGAGGCGAGGGAACUGUUGAUACCCAAGUUUCACCCGUCGAGACGGAAGUCCCAUCAUCCUCGGCAAGGGAUAAAGGGGAUGUCGGCGAUAGUUUUCAGCGAUACUAUCAACUGCAUGGACACAACGUUUUCCCUUCGUCGAUAUCGAGCGCUCCGGGCUCUGCCGUUGUCCAACAUGCAGUCUCGAGUACAUCGGGCUCUGUGGUUUCUUCGGCGGCCGCCAGCCCUGUCAGUGCCUUUGCCUUUACGAGCUCUACAAACACGACUGCUGAAGCUUCUAUUCCUGUACCCCAUAAAGGUUGGGGUGAGCUAUUUGAUGAGAAUGGGUAUGCUACUCACAGGCUAGGACAAGUCCUGAGAGGUCUCGCCAAGUAUAUGAUUGAAGAAUACCCGCCAAAGAACAGCCUGGUCAUCACCCCGGAUAAGCUCGGCUUGUUCUACUCAAACUAUAGAUUGGAUUCGGAAGUCUUUCCCUUCCAUGACAUCUUCAAGUCGAAAGCAAAGGAUGCAAACGACCGCAUUUCUGAUUUCUACUCUGAUCUCGACUGCGAACACCACCUUGUCCACGAAGCGAGGUACAAACCACUGGUACCAGCUCUGACACCAGCUGGGUUUGCCCAGUACAUCACGCUAUGCAUACUAGCAUAUCCAAACGAAGAAUCUCGUCGGCUUGAGAAGAUCGUCCAGGACGUGGAUCUCACAGCGGAUGAUGGCACCUCGGAUCGGCUUCCGAAAUCUAUCACACGUAGUUUCCUACCGGCCAAACACGAUGCAAACUCAAGGAAGCUGUUAUAUAGCGCCAUCGACGAUCUCGUGGAAGAUAUGAAAUUGUCCGCUGCCGGUGGUGGUGGGCCAGCCGGUCUGCAACCUGCCACAGUGGAUAAAAGGGUUAUCGCUUCGAGUACCCGACACAAUCGACGAAAGUACGUGCCGCCGAUGUUGCAUACUAUCGGAGACGAAUUGUCACACCAGGGAUACGAUUCCAAGACAGGUCGGAAACGAUUUACGCCGGGCGCACUGCAUACCAUCGGCGAUGAAUCAUCUCGAGAGCGGCGUCAAGAAAAGGACCAAGAACAAGAGAGAGACCGGGACAGAGAACCCGACAGAAGAACAUCAUCGGCAUUUAAUCCCAACCAAGGUCCCCCCAGUGACUCAAAACCCGUCCGCCACCGACACGACGACUACGACUACGUCCCACCCAUCGACCUUAAGGUCCCCCCCGACCGCCUAGCAGCCCGCCCAGGCCAGUCCCGCACACAAUCAUACCCGCAUUCGCACUCAUAUUAUCACCACCAUCACCGCAACUCCUUUUCCCAGCCAAGCACGCCGUCGGCAAACAGCGCCAUGCAGCCGCCGCCACCAAUGGGCGCCCGCGGUUCAGUGUCGUCCAUCCCUCCCCCUCCACCCCUGGCAAACCGCAGUCCCGUCCUGAGGGCUCUCAGCUCCUCGGUCCCAGACGUGAGGACGAGCAGUCCCUCCUCAACGGUGAUUUUCACCCCGUCGACCUUCUCAUCUGCCUCCGUUUCACCCUCUCUCGACCAUGGGACGGGACAGGUACACCGCGAGCCAUCCACGGCGAUGACAUCGGAGGAGAAGUGGUCAAGCAGUGCGGCUGUAGGGGGCUUCUCGGAAGUAUCCAAUGCUCACUGGACCAGUGGUGGUGGAGCCGUCAUGUCGCCGGGGAUUGGGACCGGGUUAGAGAAGAGGCUUGAGAGACAACAGUUGCUGCGGGAACGAGAGAAACGUCGGGAUAUGGGAGGUGGAGAGGGUGAUCGGGGGCCGACUUGGGAGGAGUUUUUGAGGAGCCAGAAGGCGGGGGCGGGGACGAGGGGGUUUGGAGGUGGAUGUCAUGGGGCUUACUGA